AUAAAUUUCAAGUAAUUAUCAGUUAUUACAUUUCUAUACGUGUAUUUUUUCAUUUAAAUAUUAUACUUUUUAUUAAUUUAAAUAUAAUAAUAUGUGAAAGUUUGAGAUGAUUUAUAAAAGAAUGUCAGUUACAAUUUUGAGAAGGACCAAAUAAAAAGUACAUGUUAAACAUAUAUAACAAGUUUAAUCUGACAUUUUGGGUUCUGAAAUUGAAAAUAAAAAUGUUUUAUACUUAAAUGAAGGUCUUUUUGAAAAUAGAGAACUAUUUUGUCAUUCACUAUGUCUUCUUUAUUCAAAAGAGAUACUAAAAAUAGAGUAUAUAUGAAAGAACGGCUUGCAAGGGUGGAAGAAGUGAAAAAAUCAAUAAGGUCAUUAUGUGACAAUGAUUCCAGUACUCCUGAAGAUGUACGACCUUUCUUUUAUAAAUUUGGAAAUUCACGUGAUAAUUCAAUUGAAAGGUCAUCUGAUGAAGAUGGCAUUAACAGACCAAAACAAGCAAAAAGGUCUAGAAGAGAAUCUUCUGAGGAGGAGAGUGAAGCUGCUCAUCAUAAACAAAAGAAAGGCAAGGACCAUUUAAAAAAUGAUGGGCACAAAAAGAUUGUGAGAAAUAAGAAAGUUGAUUCUAAUAAUGUAAGAAAAGAAAAGAGUAAAACCAGAAAUUCAGUUUCUAGUGAUUCAGAUGAUGUAAUUUAUGAGAAAUCUGCUGAAAAGAAGACAAAAAAACAUUCAUCAUUAAAGUCAAAACAAAAAGAUCUCAACUUAUAUAAGGAAGAGGCAGACUCUAGUUCUAGCAAAGAAUUCCAAACAUCAAAAAUUUCUCUUAGUAGUUUGAGUGUUAUGAAAAAAGCUGGGAAGGAUCGAGUAAUAUCCACUGAGUCAAAUCCAGAAUCCACAUCACAGUUAAUAAAAAAGACUAGAAUCAGUAAAGAACAAAGCUUACAGUUUAAGUCUCAUGUUGUGAAAAUUUUUAAUCAAUUUAAGGCGAUUUGUUCAGAGUAUGAAAUACAGAUGGAACAUGUAAAAUGGAAAUAUUUUAAGAAAGAAUUAACAUACCAAGAAUCAGCGUUUAAUGUUAUAGAAAAAUCGAAAAAUGUGAUCAACAAUCUUAAAUUGGAACUUAAUGCACAAAAAGAAGAAUUAACAAAUUUUUAUGAAGAAUGGAGUAAAAGUCAUAAAGUACAAAGCAUAGCUCAUGAGGACUGUUCUUUAAGUGAUAACGAAAUAGCAAAAGAGAGAGAGGAUACAGAAGAAUCCAAUAAAUCCGAGAACAGCUCGAAUGCAGCAAGCGUAGUUUCUGAAUGUGAUAAUGAAGAAAUAUUUUCUGAUGAAGGAACAAAUAAUACGAAAAUAAACGUUGAUAAAAACAAAACAAACAAUACAUUAACUAAAGUUUCAGAAAAAUUAAUAGGUGACAAUGAAAAGAGUGAUCAAAUUAUCUCUUCCAUCUUAGACAACAAACAGGAAGAUAAAACUUAUACAAGAGAUGAAACAAAAGUAAUUGAUGCAAAUGAGAAGACAUCUGAAGAAUAUCAGAUAUCUACAAAUGAACAUGCUAUGAACGAAUCCAUUGAUGAUAUAUUUGAAGAUACAGCUGAAGAUAUAGACUUUAAUGAUUUGAUAGAAGCCAGAGAUGAAUGUAGGAAUAAAAAUGUUUUAAAAUUAAAAGAACUUGAAAAAAAUAAUGAUAAUAAAGAUAAAAACUCGUGCCCUACUAAAAUUGAAAAUGCAAAAUCUAAAUUAGUUUUUUCUGAUGAAAUUGUAAAAUCAACUGAAGAAAAGAAAAAUGACGUUUUAGAUGAUAUUGAUGCCGAAGAACAAGCUAAGAAGGUAAUGUUAGAAUCGGACUCAGAAACACCCACAAAUGAUGAAUCACUGAAUGAAAAAUUUAUUGAAAGUUUCGGCACAAAUGAUAGUUUCAAGGAAAAAGACAUAUCGCAAUCAAAAAAGAUAAAAUGUGAUAAAAAAGAAGGAAAAGAUAAGACACAGAGUAAUUCUAUUCAUGAAAAUAAUUCAUUAAACAAACUUGAUGAACUCAUUAAUGAAGAAGUUUGUGCUAAACAUGCACUUCUUGAGUCAAAUUCAGAUGAUUCUAUGAGUCCUUGUGAUAAAAAAGAAAAUUUAAGUAAGAAACAUUAUUCCAGUGACAGUAGUGAAAAUUCAAGUUCUGAUAAUGAUAUUAAAUUAAAACCACUAAUAAUAAAUACUUCUUCAAAGAAAAAUAAAAAUGAAGAUAAAAAUCUUACAAAAGACAAAAAGGCAUUGUAUUUUAGACAACCACCACGUUUACCUAAAAUAAGUUAUGCUGGGUCAGAUGAAAAAUUAAAAAUGUUUUGUAAAGUUGUUGUAGAAAAAUUACCAGAAAAUGCUCUUAAAAAGUAUAAGAAUGCGUUAGAAAAAUCUCGACAAUAUUUAGAGAAUAAAGAGCUUAGAAGCCUAAUUGAUUUGGAUAGGUUACAAAACAAUCGUAAAAAUACUUUUGGCUCGACACGAAGUUCUUUAUCUAGAAAAGCAAAAAAGACUAAAGUAAAGGAAAUUGAAGAUUCCCUAUUGAAUCAUUUGAAAAACGAAAAUGCAGAGGAAGAUUCUGAUAUAAUUGAAAAUAUAGGGGAAGAUUCUGAUAUAAACAAUGAUAUUUCAAUCGCAAAAAUACGAGCUAAUUUCCAAACUAAUAGGGAAUUAAUGUUGGAAGCAGAUGCAGUUACUAAGAAAGCUCUUUUAUAUUCUUCCGACUCAGAUAUUGGUGAACGAAAAGAAUCUACUUCUGAAAACAGUAACAGUGAGGAGGACAAAAGUAAAACUAAAUCAAAGGAUCUUCCAAAACGAUCAACUCAAAAAGCUGAAAAAAAGAGUAGUGAUAAGGAAAAUGAUGACAAAUGGAAGAAAAAUAAAUGGAGGCGAAAUAAACUAUUAACAAUGAAGUUCUCCUCUGAUUCAGAUUCUGAUGUUGCAAGAGAAAAAUGGAAUAAGAAACAAAAAGGGACAGAAAAGGCAGAAGAAAGUUAUAUCGGACAUUCAGCUACCAAAGUUGUAAAACGCGAAAGAAGAAAUCGUAGACAGAUUAUAGAUUCUGAUUCAGAUCUGCAGGUGAUAAAUUCUGAUACAAAAUCAAAUAAAUCGGCCAUGUCAGAAGAUAAUAUGUCUUCAGAUAGUGAUUCUUCAAUAGGAAAGCCAAAAAAGAUGCAUAAACGUAAGACACAUAAAUCAUCUGGUUCUGACUCUUCGAUUAUAGAGAAAAGAACCAAACCAAAGAGAAGACGCAUUAAAAAUAUAUCCAGUAAUAGUGAUGAAAAUAACGAUAAAGACCUUGAUAUUACGAAUUCUCAAGGAACACCUGGAAAAAAAGGUCGUAAAAAUAUUCGAAAAGUAAUGAAAGAUAAGCAAGUUACAAGUGAUACUAAGCAAGCUGCUAAAGAAGAGGAAGAAAGACUUAAACGUAUUGCUGAGAGACAAAAAUUGUACAAUGAGAUGUAUGAAGCAAGAUUGGCUGGCGAAGAAAAAGUAGAUAAGUUGGUAUUGGAUUUUGAUCCUGAAACAAAAGAGGAAUUGGUUACUGUCCAUGAAAAUUUAGUAAAGCGUUUAAAACCCCAUCAAGCUGAGGGAAUAAAAUUCAUGUGGGACGCAUGCUUUGAAUCAUUGGAAAGAGUAAAUUCUUCUAGCGGAUCUGGAUGUAUAAUUGCACAUUGUAUGGGACUAGGUAAAACUCUUCAAGUAAUUGCCUUGGGUCAUACACUUUUAACACAUGAAAAAACUGGUGUUAAAACAAUUAUGAUCGUUUGUCCCUUGAGCACGGUACUUAAUUGGGUAAAUGAAUUUACGAAUUGGUUAAAGGAUAUAGAACAUGACAUCGAGAUUUACGAAAUGACUAAAUUAAAGAAAAAUAUAGAACGAAAGUUUCAAUUGGAAAGCUGGCAAAGAACUGGUGGUGUACUCAUUAUUGGCUAUGAAAUGUUUAGGAAUCUAAGUGGCACAAAUAAUAAAAUGAGAAAGAAUAUCAAAGAAGCAGUUUUACAGUACUUAAUAAAUCCUGGUCCAGACGUCGUAGUUUGCGAUGAAGGACAUUUACUAAAAAAUGAGGAUACUGCUCUCAGUAAAUCAAUGAAACAGAUUAAAACAUUACGAAGAAUUGUACUUACAGGAACACCACUCCAAAAUAAUUUGAUAGAAUAUCACUGUAUGGUACAGUUUGUAAAGCCAAAUCUUUUAGGAACGAAGAAAGAAUUUUUAAACAGAUUUGGGAAUCCAAUAACUAAUGGUCAAUUUGAUGAUUCUACUGAAUAUGAUGUUACAUUAAUGAAAAAACGAGCAUACGUUUUGCAUAAGAUGUUAAAGGGCUGUGUACAAAGGUUUGAUUAUUCUGUACUAACACCGUUUUUACCACCGAAACAGGAAUAUGUAAUUUUUGUCAGUCUAACUGAAAUGCAAAUUAAUAUGUAUCAACAUUAUUUGGAUAAUUUUGCAAGGCGAAUACGCAAUGCCAAUGGAUCUCUUUUCGCAGAUUUUCAAUCAUUACAAAGAAUAUGGACACAUCCUUUGGUUUUGCGAAUGAAUGCAGAAAAGAUAGAAAAGAUAAAUGAAAAAAAAUUCGAAAUCAGUGAUUCGGAGGGUUCUUUAAAAGACUUUAUUGACGAUGCCGAAAUAGAGACUACGACCAGUAUGAGUACUGAAGAAGAUGAUGAUAUUGUAACCAUUGAUACAAAUAUUACAAAAAAUAUAAGAACUAAUUCCAAAAAUAAUAGACCAGAAGCUGAAAUAAUUCCUGAAGAACCUGAAAAGAAAGAAGAGGAAUGGUGGUUACAGUUUGUUAAACUUGAACAUUUUGAAGAUAUGAGAGUUUCUUCCAAAUUGAUACUUCUUUUUGGAAUCCUGAAGGAAUGUGAACAAAUCGGAGACAAAGUCUUGGUAUUUUCACAAUCGUUGUAUUCAUUAUCUCUAAUCGAGCAGUUUCUUGAAAAAAUCGAUAACACAACACAAAACGGUGAAAAUUCGGAAUAUAUAGAUGGACAUACUGGAAGUUGGUCAUUGGGGUUGGACUACUUUCGGAUGGAUGGUCAAACAUCCGCUGAAAAUAGAAACGCAUGGUGCAGAAUAUUUAAUGAACCAUCAAAUACAAGAGCAAGAUUAUUCCUAAUCUCAACCAGAGCAGGUGGACUGGGAAUUAAUUUAACCGCUGCCAAUCGUGUUAUUAUUUUUGACGCAAGUUGGAAUCCUUCUCAUGAUGUCCAAAGUAUAUUUCGUGUAUACAGAUUUGGUCAAAAGAAACCAUGUUACGUUUAUCGAUUUCUAGCAGCUGGAACGAUGGAAGAAAAGAUCUACAAUAGACAAGUGACAAAACUAUCACUUUCUUGUAGAGUCGUCGAUGAGCAACAAAUAGAACGUCAUUAUAGCAAUCAAAAUUUAAAUGAAUUGUACACAUUUGAACGAAACAACGGAGAGAAACCGACUCUGAAUUUGCCUAAAGAUAGAUUAUUAGCAGAAAUAUUUUUAAAAUAUAAAAAUUUUGUAGAGAACUAUCACGAACAUGAUUCUCUUUUGGAAAAUAAAGCAGAGGAAGAACUGAAUGAGGAAGAAAGAAAGCAAGCUUGGUUAGAAUAUGAAGAGGAAAAGAAAGGAAAACCACCAACAAUGCCAUCAUAUUCAAUGGCGUUCGCAAAUAAUAUGAUGUUAAAUCAAUAUAAGAUACCGCCACCAUUGAGUAUUGGCACGGAUUAUGAAAAACUCCGAAUACUUCUUCAAAAGGAUUAUCCUAAUGCAACACCACAAACCCAACAAUUGAUGACUGCUAAUGUAUUAACAAAUAUGUACAAUUACAUGGAACAACAUUCUUUCUACAAUAACGCAAAUUCAAUAAUCGAUCAGAAUCCAAACUUAACUUCGGUACCCAAUAUGCCUCAAACAUCUUAUUCAGUACCGAAUAGAAUUAAGAAUUUGACCAAUCAACAGAAAGAUUAUAGGAUUACUGAUAUUAGAUCUGGAGAUGUUGAUGAUGAUGUUGUAGAGGUUAUAUCAACGACAGUAAAUAACAAAAAUAAAAAUCAAGAGGAAUGAAUAAAAUUAUACAAUGUAAAGUUUUAUAUUGUUUUAUAUAGUGUAAAAAUGCUUUGAUAUAUUGUCCUAAACGCUUAUACUUUCAUCUACAUUUUUAGUAUGUUAUAUUUGUAUUAUGGUAGUAUCAGUAUUGAAUGAAACUGAAUAAUAUUGUUGCUAUAAGUAAUUAGUAUAAAAUUAUUACUUGAA